CGGGGACGCACGUGGGCGGGACAGGCGCGCAGGCUGAGGGGAAACAGCUCGCAGCUGCCAGGACCCCAGGAGCCCGCCCCGCCUCCUGCUGGCGGCUCCAGCUAGGUGGAGGCGGUGCUGAGAGGGGGACCAGCUGCUGGAGGGAGGAGGGGCGUGUGUGUGUGCUGUGGGCCAGGGCAGUCUCCCGGAGUUGAGCGGAGGAGGUCAGCCUGGCGUAAGGUUGGGAGAGGGCAGCGCUAGGGCCCAGACUUCAGGAGGCUGCGCGGGUGCGCGGGCGGGCGUGUGGUGGGCUCCAGAGACCGCCGUGACCCAGACAGCUGGCCCAGGCCUGAGCGUUGGGACGGCUCUGCAGGAGGCUGCUACUCGGGCUUCCCACAGGGCGGGUGCAGCUGCGUUGGAGCCUCCUUCCUGGGAGGACCGAAGGCCCCUGUGGCACCCGGCACCCUAGCGGUUUCACUGAGGAGACUGGAAGCGGCACGAUGAGGAGCCGGAGUAACUCGGGGGUUCGGCUGGACGGCUAUGCUAGGCUGGUGCAUCAGACCAUCCUGUGCCAUCAGAAUCCCGUGACUGGCUUGCUUCCAGCCAGCUAUGAUCAGAAAGAUGCCUGGGUCCGGGAUAAUGUGUACAGCAUCUUGGCUGUGUGGGGUUUGGGCCUGGCCUAUCGGAAGAAUGCAGACCGUGAUGAGGAUAAGGCAAAGGCCUAUGAACUGGAGCAGAGUGUAGUGAAGCUGAUGAGGGGGCUGCUGCACUGCAUGAUCAGACAGGUGGAUAAAGUAGAGUCCUUCAAAUACAGUCAGAGUACCCAGGAUAGCCUCCAUGCCAAGUACAACACAAAAACCUGUGCCACUGUAGUGGGUGACGACCAGUGGGGACACCUGCAAUUGGAUGCUACCUCUGUGUACCUGCUCUUCUUAGCACAAAUGACUGCCUCAGGACUUCAUAUCAUCCACAGCCUAGAUGAAGUCAAUUUCAUCCAGAACCUUGUGUUUUACAUUGAAGCUGCAUAUAAAACUGCAGACUUUGGUAUAUGGGAACGUGGAGACAAGACCAACCAAGGCAUCUCAGAACUGAAUGCCAGUUCAGUUGGAAUGGCAAAGGCAGCCCUAGAAGCAUUAGAUGAACUGGAUCUGUUCGGUGUGAAAGGUGGGCCCCAAUCAGUUAUUCAUGUCCUUGCUGAUGAAGUACAACACUGCCAGUCUAUCCUUAAUUCAAUACUUCCCCGGGCUUCAACGUCCAAAGAGGUUGACGCUAGCCUGCUUUCAGUUGUAUCCUUCCCAGCCUUUGCAGUAGAAGAUAAUCAGUUGGUGGAGGUCACAAAACAGGAAAUCAUCACCAAACUUCAAGGUCGUUAUGGCUGCUGUCGCUUUCUACGAGAUGGAUACAAAACUCCUAAAGAGGAUCCCAAUCGUCUAUACUAUGAACCAGCCGAGCUAAAGUUAUUUGAAAAUAUAGAGUGUGAAUGGCCAUUAUUCUGGACAUACUUUAUCCUCGAUGGGGUCUUCACUGGCAAUGCUGAACAGGUUCAAGAAUAUAGAGAGGCUCUUGAAGAAGUCCUCAUCAAGGGCAAAAAUGGAGUCCCACUUCUGCCCGAGCUAUACAGUGUUCCCCUUGACAAGGUUGACGAAGAAUAUCAAAACCCUCACACUGUGGACCGAGUCCCCAUGGGAAAAUUGCCUCAUAUGUGGGGUCAGUCUCUAUACAUUUUAGGAACCUUGAUGGCAGAGGGAUUUUUAGCUCCUGGAGAAAUUGAUCCCCUGAAUCGUAGGUUUUCAACUGUACCAAAACCAGAUGUUGUGGUUCAAGUUUCCAUUCUAGCUGAGACAGAAGAAAUUAAGGCCAUUUUAAAGGACAAGGGAAUUGAUGUGGAGACCAUUGCUGAGGUGUACCCCUUCAGAGUACAACCAGCUCGUAUUCUCAGCCACAUUUAUUCCAGCCUAGGGUGUAAUAGUAGAAUGAAACUCAGUGGCCGACCCUACAGACACAUGGGAGUCCUUGGAACUUCAAAACUCUACGACAUUCGGAAAACUAUCUUUACCUUCACUCCACAGUUUAUAGACCAGCAACAGUUCUACUUGGCUCUGGACAACAAUAUGAUAGUGGAAAUGCUUAGAACAGACCUCUCCUAUCUCUGUAGCCGCUGGAGGAUGACAGGACAGCCCACCAUCACCUUUCCCAUCUCACACACCAUGCUUGAUGAAGAUGGAACCAGCUUGAAUUCAAGUAUCCUGGCAGCACUCCGAAAAAUGCAGGAUGGCUAUUUUGGUGGGGCAAGGGUUCAAACAGGUAAAUUAUCAGAGUUUUUGACAACAUCUUGCUGCACGCAUUUGAGUUUCAUGGACCCUGGACCUGAAAGUAAGCUGUACAGUGAAGAUUACAAUGACUAUAGUGAGCUAGAAUCCUGUGACUGGAUGAAUAGCUAUGAUUCAACCAGUAAUGCUCACUGUGGUGAUGACGUUGCUCGUUAUUUAGAUCACCUUUUGGCGCACACUGCUCCCCAUCCUAAACUAGCCCCUACCUCACAGAAGGGAGGGCUAGAUCGGUUCCGAACUGCUGUACAAACAACCUGUGAUAUAAUGUCCUUGGUGACCAAGGCCACGGAGCUGCAUGUACAAAAUGUUCACAUGUAUCUUCCUGCAAAGAUAGUUCAGGCUUCCCGGCCUUUAUUCAACUUACUUGACUCACCUCCUCCCCCACAAGAGGACCAGGUUCCCUCAGUUCGUGUAGAAAUACAUCUUCCAAGAGACCAGUCUGGGGAGGUGGACUUCAAAGCACUGGUUUUACAGUUAAAGGAGACCUCCAGCUUCCAGGGACAAGCUGAUAUCCUCUACAUGCUAUAUACUAUGAAGGGACCUGACUGGGACACUGGAUUGUAUGAUGAAGGGAGUGCAACAGUCGGAGAGCUGCUUACUGAGCUAUAUAGCAAAGUUGGAGAAAUCCGUCACUGGGGCUUGAUCCGGUGUAUCUCUGGAAUCUUAAGGAAGAAGGUGGAAGCACUCGAUGAGGCCUGUACAGACCUUCUCUCCCACCAGAAACAUUUGACAGUGGGACUCCCUCCAGAACCUCGAGAAAAGACUAUCUCUGCACCUCUGCCCUAUGAAGUGCUCACUCAGCUGAUAGAUGAAGCCAGUGAAGGGGACAUGAGCAUUUCAAUCCUGACACAGGAAAUAAUGGUAUAUCUAGCUAUGUAUAUGCGAACUCAACCUGGCCUCUUCGCUGAAAUGUUUCGACUUCGAAUUGGUCUGAUCAUACAAGUUAUGACAACAGAACUGGCCCAUUCUCUUCGAUGCUCAGCUGAGGAAGCCACAGAUGGCCUGAUGAAUCUCAGCCCUUCAGCCAUGAAGAGCCUCCUGCAUCACAUUCUAAGUGGCAAGGAGUUUGGAGUAGAACGAAGCGUGCGCCCCACUGAUUCAAAUAUCAGCCCUGCCAUUUCUAUUCAUGAGAUUGGUGCUGUUGGAGCAACCAAAACUGAACGAACUGGGAUCAUGCAGUUAAAAAGUGAGAUAAAGCAGUCACCUGGAACCUCUGUGACUCCAAGUAGUGGCUCCUUUUCUAGUGCAUAUGAUCAACAGACAUUUCAAGAUAAUCGUCAAGGUCAAUGGCAACGUCGAAGACGGUUGGAUGGAGCACUGAACAGAGUCCCAGUUGGAUUUUAUCAAAAAGUAUGGAAAGUUUUACAGAAGUGUCAUGGACUUUCAGUGGAAGGUUUUGUUCUACCUUCUUCAACCACUAGAGAGAUGACUCCAGGCGAGAUUAAAUUCUCUGUUCAUGUGGAGUCUGUCCUAAAUCGUGUGCCUCAGCCAGAAUACCGCCAGCUUCUGGUUGAAGCCAUUCUUGUCCUCACCAUGAUGGCAGAUAUUGAAAUUCAUAGUAUUGGAAGCAUUAUUGCUGUGGAAAAAAUAGUGCAUAUUGCCAAUGACUUGUUCCUUCAAGAACAGAAAACCCUCGGCGCAGAUGAUAUCAUGUUGGCAAAGGAUCCUGCAUCUGGCAUCUGUACUCUUCUGUACGACAGUGCACCCAGUGGCAGGUUUGGCACCAUGACCUACCUCUCCAAGGCAGCCGCCACCUACGUGCAGGAGUUCCUGCCCCACAGCAUAUGUGCCAUGCAAUGAGGCCUUUGGGCCCUGGCUACUAGGAGCCUUUUGCCAGCUGGUUCCUGCCUCUGCUGAUUGUGCAUGGAACUGAACUGUGAUGGCCUGAUCACUCCCACCCUGCCACAAGAAGAGUGAACUUUUCUGACAUACUAAUUGCUUUAGAAGAAGUGAACCCUUGCUCACCUAGGCUCUUCAUUGUGGGCCUUAAUUCUUUCAUGGGUCACAAAAGUAUGCAUGUGUUUUUAUUCUCUAGACCUGUUACACACUUAGCAUUCUAACUGCUAUUUAGGGAGCAGGUAUUAAUAACGUAUUCUUCAAGUUUGGUUUUCCUAUGUGUGGUUUCCUUGUGUGAAUGAGUGGCGGGUACUUUGAGACAUUAUUUCAAGUGAGUAAAGCCUAAAUUGUUGCAUUUGAUGCUGCUAUGAAUUGCAAAUAUUUGUUCUAAGUGCCUUUUCUUGGAAAAAGAGGGUAGCAGAUUAUAGUUUCCCUCUUUACUCUCAUGUUGCCUCACACUGAGUGAUAUUCUCCUUCCUGUGUAGAAUUAUUGUUUCAGCUUUUGCCUUUUCUGUAUCCGCACACAUGAUUUCUAGUCUCCCUUUGGUGAAAUGUCAAAAACUGAAAGUCUAGUAUAUAAAGUUCAGGAUUUGUGCAUUAACACUUAAAGCCACUUUUGUGAAGAUUGCUAGGACUCAGAUAUGUAUUUGUAGUAGAAAAUGCAGAAUAACCCAGAGAAAUGAAGCCAGGAGCCCAAUUCCAGAGAGGAUAGGGGGCAGAAGAAAAGAUGCCUAGGUGGUAUAUUAUGUCUAGGAAACAAAGAGAGAAUCAGAGGUGGCUUCAUGCCCUGAAGAGAGCCUUGUGCACCUACUCCUGGCCUCUGAAGAUAGGGCUGGCACACAACACAGAGAGUAAUUGAAGCCUCUUUGGCAAUCAGGAAUCAGCAGUACAGUCUCUGGAUGCUUUCCUGAGCACUCUUUUCUUGUUUUCACUUGGUCUCUGUCUCACUCACCUACUUACUUUCUACAGCAUCCACCCCAUCCCCAAUUCAAGGCCUUCCCAUUUAUUCUUAAACUCUUUCACUUACAUCUUCACUUCCUGAUUCUAGUGUUGGUGUAUAGCUUGCUAUCUGUGGGCAUAUAUCCAUUUCUUGCACACAACUGCAUUUGUGUGUGUCUAAGCAUACAUGGGAAAUUUUCUGAAUAUAAGUACUUUUAUGUGGUUGUAUAUCUGUAGCUAUAUUUGAUAGACUAAGCAAGUAUAUAAAUAUGAGUGUUGCUUCUGGGGGGGGGGGGCAAUGACUGUGGCCUCAGGCUGACAUAGAAAGGAUAGUGGAAGAAAAGUUAAGUCCUCUUCUCCAGUCCCAUGCUUAGGCAGCCUUGUUUGAAGAAUGUCUUUCCUAACUCUUGGUUCAGACUGCUGUAACAAAAACAACAGACAUUUAUUUCCCAUCAUUCUGAAGGCUGAGAGAUCCAAGAUCAAGGUCCCAGCAGAUUCAGUGUUUGAUGAGGGCCUGCUUCCUGGUUUGCAGAUGGCUGUCUUCUUGCGGUGUCUUCACAUGGUGCAGAGACAGAGCUCAGGUCUCUUUCUCUCUUAUAAAGGAUAUUAAUCCUGUCUUGGGGACUCUAUGCUCAUGGCUUCAUCUAAUCCUUAUUAGCUCUGAAAAAAGUCCCUACCUCCAACUACCAUGACACUGGGGAUGAAAGUUUCAACCUCUGAAUUUGGGAGGGACACAUUUAGUCUAUAGCACUUUCCUCUGAUUUAUGUAUAAAGGCGCCCCUAAUUUCUCUGCUUGCUCUCAGAGAAUUUCCUACUUCAAUCCCCUCAUUCCCUCUGUUUUUUCCAUUUUUUUUUUCUCCAGGAAUGGAGAUGGAGAAGGGGGACUCUCUAAAUAAUUUUUACAUAACCAGUGACAAUCUUAUAAGUACACAUGAAUAAGUGAGCAGAGUAGGGUGAUAGAAAACAAAGAGAGCAUGGCCAGGCUUCUCAGUACCUCUCUUAGAGCAAAUGGAAACACACAGUAAGUAGCUUUCUGCUUACAUGAUUUUCUGGAUCAUGUACAAAGAUAAUUUACAACCUGUUCUGAAACUUUGUCUUUACACUAGCUGCAAGUGUGCCCCAACUACCCAGAGUGCAUCUGUGGUGGCAUCGGUGAAAACCACCGCUCCCUCCCACACUAAUUUGCCUGCACUGACACCAAUGGCUGCAUUUCUCUGGGUUACUAAAUUGUCCAGCACUGUGCUGCCCUUUCACUAUGUUUUGCUUUUAAAACAACUUUUUAGAAAACUUGAUUUGUAUUUUACUCAUUUUAAGCAUGUGACACUAAAAAAGAUGGAUUUUUAAAGCACUUCUGUUUUUAAAAUAGAAUAAAAAUAGAAUUUCCAAUUAAAUCAUGUGUAAAACUUAA